AUGGGAUCGCCCACAGCUGCAGGUGUGGCGUCUAUGUCGAGCAUGGGCGCGGCCAGUUUACGGCGCGACGAGGAGGGGACCGACAGGGAGAACAGGGACGAGGAAGCCGAGAUGCUUGCCAGCCAAGAAAUCAAGGCGCUCUCGCGGCUGCGCUCGGACGCGCGAUAUGCGGAGCGCGUGCGCUCGGUGGAUACGGGCCAAGCGCUGCAGAUGGCGCUCAACACGAACGCUCGGCGCUACUAUGCGCACCACGAAGCAUGUCGGCUGCUCGACUACUUCCACGCAUGGGUGCACGAGUGCGAGAUUGGCAUGCACGGCCUCGAAAUCCACAACUCGCACGCCACCUCUCUCGGCGAUGUCAUCCCGCCCUGGAACUUUAUCUGGCUAGACAGGUACGUGUGCGACCCAUCGAUCGCGUCGAUCAACGAGAUGGCUUCGCCGAUCAGACCCAUCUCGGACCACGGCGUAACCGACGAGCUCGGCGUGAAUUACGGCUGCGAGUGUCAAGACGAUGUUUGCGAUCCGCUCACAUGCGCGUGUCUGCAAAGAGCCGCAGAUUGCUAUCCGUACAGCAAGUCGCAGUACCACCUCAUGAUGGCUUCUGCCACCGCGCACGCUGAUGCACACCCCACUCCUGCAUCUACGACACGUCGCGAAUUCAUGUAUGACAGCCAAGGCCACCUGAAGAGCGGCAUUGCACGUGGUACGCCGAUCUUCGAAUGCAACAAGUGGUGCUCGUGCUCGUCGCACUGCCACAACCGUGUAGUGCAGAAGGGCAAGAAAGCACGUCUUGCCUUCUGCAAGAUGGCACCGAAUCGCUGGGGGAUCACGGCACUGGAGGAUCUGCGCGCAGGUACAUUUGUGGGGACAGUGGGGGGAGAGUUGAUGGACCGAGCCGAAGCCGACAGACGAGCAUCCGUGUACCAAGCCAAGUUGCGCUCCACGUAUCUGCAGCCGCUCGACGAGCACGUGAUCAAGGUGCAUGUGAUUCGUCAGAUGGUCGAAACGCAUCUGGCUCGGCGCAACGAGUUGGCCUUGUAUCGUCGUACCGCAGCGGGGAGGCGCAUGCUGGUGGAGCUCGUCACCAAGAUGGUAGAUCACGUCGAGGCGUAUCAGGCAUACCGGGUGCAGAGAGAUGCGCACGUCGAUGCGUCGAACGACGCCUCUGGCUCGGCACAUGCUAGCACUUCAGCUUGCACACACUCGACGCGCGAUCAACACGGCUUGAUCCCACCAUUCCUCUCGUUGACACCAGCCGAACAGGCCGCAGCACGAACAAUGUACAACGCAUACCGUUCACAAGCGCCCGACCUUAGCAUAGACUCGGCGCUCUGGGCCAACCACACGCGCUUCUUCACGCGCUCGCCCAAUCCCAACGUCUACCAAGUCCCCGUAUACACCGACGACACCUCCAUCACGCGUCCCCUGCUAGCUUUCUUCACAAGCCGCACAGUCCAUACUGGCGAGCAUCUCAGCUUCAACCACCCAUACAUCCCACAAUCACCCCAGCUCCCCCUCGACAUCUCCUAA